AUGGCAGGCAUGACUCUGCUUCUCGUUUCUACACUGCUGCUCUCAGUUCCUCAGUCACGUCAGUUCCAUGUGGUGAAGGAAUAUAAGAUGUGGGCAGAAGCUCAGCAGUACUGCAGAGAGAAGUUCACUGACCUCGCCACCAUAGAUGGCAUGUCAGAGAAUGAGGUGGUGAAGAGCUUGAUGCAUGAUGCUGGUGUCGAUCUAGCUUGGAUUGGGCUGAAGAGGGGAAGCCGUAAUAAAUGGCAAUGGUCUCUGGCUGACGGGGAUUUCUAUAGCCAGAAUGAAGAGUUCAGGAACUGGGCUUCAGGCCAACCAGUUGGACAAUGUGUGGAUCAGAGAUUGGGAGGAAUUUGGUACGCUAACGAAUGCAGUAAGAUCAUGCCCUUCAUCUGCUAUGAUGCGGCAAACUCCACACAUGUGCUGCUUACUGAGAGAAAGAACUGGGCAGAUGCUCAGAGAUACUGCAGAGAGAACCAUACAGACCUGACCAGUGUGAGGAAUCAGGCAGAGAAUGACCAGAUAAAGAAAGUCAGAGGAUCUGUUUUGAGUGCAUGGGUUGGCCUGUUCAGUGAUGCCUGGGAGUGGUCAGGUGGCAGCAAUUCCUCAUUUCGCCACUGGACAACUGGAGAACCCAAUUAUGGCAAAGCGGAUGCGUGGUGCACUGCAAUUACGUCCAGUGGUCAGUGGAAUGAUGAAGCCUGUGUGUUUUCCAGGAAUUUCAUCUGCUAUGAUGUGGCCAAAACCACCAUACCCACCACCACCACCACCAUCACUACUACGACCAGCAGGUCUCCCAGCACCUACAGCACCAGAAGGGUGUCUACCAGUGAGAGUAUGUCCCCAACCACAGAUGCAGACGCUUCAAGCUCCAGCAGUGAGCCAGUCUCUUCUACUCUACAUUCACUGAGCACUGACAGACAGAGCUUGGGGACAAACGGCACCACUUCUUCAGCCACUACAAACCACACUACACCUUCACAUAAUCACACAACAGCUGCGGUGAAGAGGCAGAUGGUGAGAGUGGAGGUUCAGACGGACUCUCAGGUGAACAUGGAGGACCCUGCCAUGCUGCAGGCCUUCCUACAGCAGAUUCAGCAGAGACUGAGGGAGAGGGGGAUGCCAGCAGACGCCAAGCUGACCUGGAUGAGACAACCAGAUGGAAAGGUCUUCCAAGAGAAGAAUGACGAGAAAUAA